ACAUAGAUCCACCAAAUCAGGACAGGUAGUUUGUGGGAGGAGAGAGAGAGAGGAAAUACGCAGGUAGAGAGAGCAAGGCAUAAGGUGUCCUAUCACAGAUAAUAGUUUGGUGUUGUUUUGUUAGCAGGGGCUGGGUCACUCACAACAAAUCCAAGUGGAUUUCAGCAGCACCGAUACACACAGAAACACACCGGCGGUCAUUAAUACAGCAGAAGACUUUUACAGCAGUAGGACAAGUUAGGCAGCCCGCAUGAUAGAUCAAGUUUCACUGCCUGUGAAUUGAGGGACAAAGAACAGGGUACGCGAAGGGAGAGAGAGAAAGAGAGAGACAGAAGGAAGAGAGAAUAACCAUACGUACUGGCACAGAGUUGUGAGAGGGAGAACUUUAGAAGUAGAGGGAGAGAAGGCACAAGACGAGGGGAAGGGAGAGACUGUUGAAGGGAGUUCUACUUGCUCCAGAGACUGAAGGACAGUGCAUCCUCUGUACCCUGUGACCUGUGAGUCUGGGCCAGCUGAGAGGAGACUUCAGCACCAUGAGUGUGAGUAGAGAUGGAGACUACAGUCUGGGAAAAUAGGGGAUCAGGCUAAUCACCUGUGGAGUAGUAUUGAUCACCUGUCACUCAGCUUUUACUGUGGACUCGUAGAGUAGUGGUUUACAGGUUCACAGUGAUGAGACUUUAGAGAAAACAUAUGGGAUAACAUGGCUGUGUGUACCUGUAUAUAAAUGUACGGUCUGUGUGUUUAGUGAACAAUUGUUAUAUAUGCAAAUAGUUCCUUGCAAAGCAAGUGAUCCUCAGGUGCAUUUUAAAGUAUUACCAUGUUAAAGUAUUACUGCCUCAUUUUAAGGUGUCUAUGCUGACAAUAUCUAAUUUCUUGUGAGAUCUACAGUGCAUUCGGAAAGUAUUCAGACCCCUUGACUUUUUCCACAUUUUGUUAUGUUACAGCCUUAUACUAAAAUGGAUGAAAUCGUUUUUUCCCCCUCAUUAAUCUGCAUACAAUACCCCAUAAUGACAAAUCAAAAAUUGGUUAUGACUUUUUGCAAAUUUCCGUCUGGACACUCUACCAUAAAGGCCUGAUUGGUGGAGUGCUGCAGAGAUGGUUGUCCUUCUGGAAGGUUCUCCCAUCUCCACAGAGGAACUCUGGAGCUCUGUCUCCCUGACCAAGGCCCUUCUCCCCCGAUUGCUCAAUUUGGCCGGGCGGCCAGCUCUAGGAAGAGUCUGGGUGGUUCCAAUUUUCUUCCAUUUAAGAAUGAUGGAGGCCACUGUGUUCUUGGGGACCUUCAAUGCUGCAGAAAUGUGUUGGUACCCUUCCCCAGAUCUGUGCCUCGACACAAUCCUGUCUCGGAGCUCUACGGACAAUUCCUUCGACCUCAUGGCUUGGUUUUUGCUCUGACAUGCACUGUCAACUGUGGAACCUUAUAUAGACAGGUGUGUGCCUUUCCAAAUCAUGUCCAAUCAAUUGAUUUUACCACAGGUGGACUCCAAUCAAGUUGUAGAAAAAUCUGAAGGAUGAUGAAUGGAAACAGGAUGCAACUGAGCUCAAUUUCGAGUCUCAUAGCAAAGGGUCUGAAUACUCAUGUAAAUAAGGUAUUUCUGUUUGUUAUUUUUAAUAAAUGUGCGAACAUUUCAAAAAACCUGUUUUCGCUUUGUCAUUAUGGGGUAUUGUGUGUAGAUUGAUGAGGGAAAAAAUGUAUUGAAUCCAUUUUAGAAUAAGGCUGUAACGUAACAAAAUGUGGAAAAAGUCAAGGGGUCUGAAUACUUUACGAAUGCACUGCAUAUGUGUGAAAUAGACAUAUAUUAGGGUUUUUGUGAUUGUACACAUCUGUAGUUUUUGUAGUCAGCCUGCAGCUUUAUGGAUCUUGGUGCCAGAAAGGCUAAGUGAUCAGUGAUCAGUUUGUGUAGGAAACUGGUGUGCGUUUGUGUGUGAAUGCCUAUGUGUGCGCAUGAAUGUGUCUGUGUUGUUGGAGAUCCCUGCCUUUGAUUAAAACUCACGUGUAGCGUUUAAAAUACAAUCCACAAAGGAGAGAGAGCACCUUUUUAUGCACAAAAGCGAAACAUGCCAAGUGAUUUUAUCGGUUAAACCUUCUGUGACCCAGCUCUGCUUCCCAAGGUGCUUCCUCAAUGCAAACUGGGUCUAGUCCCAUUGUUCACUCUCCUGCAUGGGCCAAAUGGGCCAAACUACCUGAACACACCUCUGUCUCGCUCCCUCACACAUGCAUAUACAUCUGCAUACAUCUGUCUCUCUCUCUCUCUCUCUCUCUCUCUCUCUGUCUCUUUCUGUCUCUGUCUCGCUCUGCGUAUUUGUCUCUCUCUCUCUGGGAUUUUAUUCCACCCCCCUUGUAAAUGAAUACCAACUGUCUGUCAAAGUGAAUUCUUGCACUGAGGUCAUCAUUGACAUAGAUUGUGUGAUUCAGGUUCGGGUUGUGUCUCUGCCAUUAUAAAAUGUUGUUUUUAGAUAUCUUGUUGCAAUGUAGGCGAUCCUCAAGUAAUAUAUUUGAGCAAAUGAAUGUGUGCGGCCUGCAGUUAGUGACCUUUUAUUUAUUUACUUCACCUUUAUUUAACCAGGUAAGCCAGUUGAGAACAAGUUCUCAUUUACAACUGCGACCUGGCCAAGAUAAAGCAAAGCAGUGCGGAAAAACAACAACAACACAGAGUUACAUAUGGGAUAAACAAAACGUACAGUCAAAAACACAAUAGAAAAUCCAUAUACAGUGUGUGCAAAUGUAGUAAGUUAUGGAGGUAAGGCAAUAAAUAGGCCAUAGUGCAAAAUGAUUACAAUUUAGUAUUAACACUGGAGUGAUAGAUGUGCAAAAGAUGAUGUGCAAAUAGAGAUACUGGGGUGCAAAUUAGCAAAAUAAAUAACAAUAUGGGGAUGAGGUAGUUGGGUGGGCUAAUUACAGAUGGGCUAUGUACAGGUGCAGUGAUCAGUAAGCUGCUCUGACAGCUGAUGCUUAAAGUUAGUGAGGGAGAUAAGUGUCUCCAGCUUCAGAGAUUUUUGCAGUUCGUUCCAGUCAUUGGCAGCAGAGAACUGGAAGGAAUUACCUAUAAUUUAUAUGUGGUCUACAACUCACUAGGAGUCUCUAUUUUCGAUAGUUUGCCAUGUACUGUAUAUUGCUGGUCACCUUUGAUGAAACCUCCAGGACUGCCGCACAGAACAACUGCCGCGCAGAGAGGCAACCGAUUUAACUUUACUGAGUUCGCACAAUAGUAUAGAUUCACUUUUUUUUCUGUGAUCGAAUCAACAUUAUAUCAGCCCCUUUUCAAUGCAACAUACCAGAAUAAAUCGAACUAUGCAAGAUUGAGUCUGUGAUUUUGUUGCAGGCAGAGCCAGAGCGCAACGGAGUAGAAUUAUAUUGGCGGGUGUAGUCCAGGAGCGGUCUUUCAAUCACCCGCGAUUGAAUGCGUUUUUCAGAUCAGACCGCAGAGCCGCUCGUGUGCAUGUUUGUUGAUAUUCUUUGCGAGUUAUUAGCCCAGUUAUAGAUAAUUGUAGGUCCGCAAUGGAGAGUUACUGCUUCCUACAAGAGCACAAAACGUGUAGGCUACCUGUCAAGCUGUAUUUGAAAAGCCAGUCAGGUAAAAAGCUUAUGUCUUGCUUUUUGCCCAAGCACUACACAGCUGAUUCAAAUAAUCAAAGCUUGAUGAUGAUUUGGGUGGGGGGUAGGGCCGAGUUAGGGAAACCCUGCAAUAGAGAACCAGUCCUCCCCUCCCCAGGUCACUAAAGGUAUGUGACUUGUGUCAAACCUUAUCUCUAAGCCCAGCUCCCAACGACUCAGCAACAGGGCGUCUUUAAUGGUUUAGGAUUGUAGUCAGUUAAAUGUACAGUGUGUAUAUAUAUCUCACUUCUCUUUUUCUCCUAAGUUGUGGUUGUUUUGCUGUUCUUCUCCUCUAUGUUGGUAGAUCCCUUUGUUUUAGUUUCCAAAUUAGACCAGACUGUCUCUAUGGAGAAUAGACAGGAAUACUUGAUGCAGAUGAAGGGAUUUCACUGGAAACUGAAUUGAAAAUAGCAGACAUUGUGUGUGUAUAUAUAUAUAUAUUUUUUUUUUAAAUACCACUUGAGAAUGGCUCACUACCAUGCUGCUUGAUGUCAACACAUACAGAUAAAACACUAAAACAAACCUUCUUUGAUUUUGGGUUAUAUUUAACGAACCUUAAAACCUGUUUUGUUUCUCAAAUGGUAAAUCUUUAAACAAAAGCACUGAGAACUUUAACUACAAAAGACCAACAGCAGGUAAGAACUGUCUGUAUUUACCCAGCCACUAAGAGCCCUGUCCAUCACUAUAGCCACCACCUGUCUCUCCAUACAGUAUAACCCUCCAUAUCUGCGUGAUAGUGUAUUGUAUGGUGUUGUCCAUAUUAGGACAGCCUCAGUCUCAGCAGGACUUGGGUUCACUGUUGCUGAGUGUGUCAGGAAGGACCAGAUGACAGUCCGUAGACUGUACAUGUGAUGUUUUAGUGUGGUGACAGAUUUGUACAGUAUUUGUGGACCAGUUGGAGAGAUUGGACAAAAUAGCCAAUACUGUAGAUACCUAACAGACUGUUUGAGACACCAGUCAUUGGUAUUUUGAUAUGUUGUUGUUUUCGGUCGUGAUGGCUGUUUCACCAGUGAGCAGGUUUCAUUCACUGAGGCAAUGACUUAUGACUCAUGACAGUUAAUAUGGCAGGUACUUGUGCUGCGGUACACCUGAAUGAUUCUACAAUCAUGAACACAUUGUCAUAUAGAGAACAGUUAACCAAGCAUAUAUUCUAUUAAACAAUAGAUAUAUAAAGCUGGGGCAGAGUUGUCAGUUACAUAACUUGAAUUAAGUGAUUUAUAGCGUCACUGAUUAGAAUACUGUAUAACAUGCUCCACCAUUCAAGAUCUAUUGUCUUUUAAUGGAGUGGAACUGAACAGCAUGAAGCAACUACAUUUAGAGCAGAGAACCACACCCACACCUGAGCCUGUGUCAUAUGACUAUCUCGGUCUCUGUGUCGGACGGGCCUGGGAAUUGUGCCCACAGCACUAGGAAUUACAGUCAAACACAACUUUGUGAUGGGAGGCACACUGUGUUUCGUGUGUGUAUCCUGAUCCAAUCUGUCAUGCCGCCCUCUCUAGACCCUAGAACCUCACACUCUUUUACACACUGUCCCACAUUCUGCACUGAGCACAUUACGAUCCACUUUGUCUCAUUCUGUCUUCUCUCUCCAGACUGACACCUGGCUUGCUGAAGAAAGCAAUAUACCAUUAAAUCCUAGACAACAAGGUAAGCAUUGUAGUGGAAUUGAUUCAUUUUGCAAUCAUAUUGCACAAGUAUUGCAUAAUAUCCAAUAUUAUACUGUCCAAUUCUGCUUUAGUUGCAUGUGUCUACGUUUUAAAUAGGUCCAAAAUCCUGAUUGUUCUGUCUCUAUCUUCUUUUCCCUCAGUUGAAGUCCGGCCUGGUAAAAAACGAAAGCCCAUGACGGCUCCGAACUCCCAGAAAGAGAAGUCCUCAUCGACGAAGUGGGUCCUGAUCACUGUGUUGAUGGUACUGGUAACGCUGGGGAUCCUGGUCACAGCUGGCUUCUUCAGUGAGUCCAGCUUCAACAUCCAUCAUCGUUGCGUCCCAAAUGGCACCCUAUUCCCUACAUAGUGCACUACUUUUGAACAGGGCCCAUAAGGAUCAAGAGUAGUGCAGUCAAACGUAGUGCACUAUGUAGAGAAUAGGGUGCCGUUUGGGACGCAACCCAUCUCUACACCUUCUCCUCCCCUUAGCUAACACAAUACACACUAGUACUUAUCCCCCUGUACAAAUGCUCAAUGAGUCACAAUGAAACCGUAGCAACAUUAUUGAAUUUGUUUCCACAAAACUUUUUUGAAUGUUUUAUUUCAGUCAGCAAACAAUAUAAUAUCCUGUCCCUAUCUUCUGUCUCUCCUCCUUUCAUCCCCCUUCCCCCCUUUCUUUCUGUCCCCAGUCGCGCAGCUGAUCAACAGUAAGUACUUCUUCUGCUCCCGGUCGGUGAAGUUCAUUCCCCUGGACAAAGCGUGUGAUGGGGUGGCGGACUGUUCAGGAGGAGAGGACGAGCUCACCUGUGUGGCCAAGAUGACGGUCAACACUACCUUCUCAGGUAAACACACACACACAUACACAUGCACAAACACACAGAAAGGCACACACCACUCCAUCUAUAAAUCUUUAUACAUCUGUCUCUGUGUCACUUCUAUAUGUUUAAUCUCAUUCUUACUUUCUCCUCUCUCUCUCUCUCUCUGUGUGUGUGCGCAGUGCGUCUGGUCUCUGAGCAGAGUGUUCUCCAGAUCUACAGUGCUGGGACAGGAUGGAGGAGUGUGUGUGGUGAGGACUGGACCCAGCAGCACACAGAGAAAGCCUGUCAACAGCUGGGCUACACCUAGUGGGUCUCCUCCCUCCCUAACUCACUCACCACUGAGCAACUUAAAUACAGAUUCCCCUUUACAUUAUUCAGUUUCUCUUAAAUGUCUUGAAAAUGUCUCUCUGUCUCCACUCGUUCCCACAGUAAACCCAUCAGUAGUAGUAUUUCAGUGCGGAACUUGUCCUCGUCCCUGAAGACAGGACCGUUCUCAGGGGUCAGGGUCGCAGCCGAAACCACCCCCAUUUACCAGACUGUCAUUGACCGGUAAGCAUUAGAAUAUGGGUUAUAUUGAGCCUGUUACUGUCUACUGUGUUCUGAUAUUCACUCUGACACUUUCCAGCUAUGAGAUCUAGUUUCAACAGAAAGGUGAACGGAUCAGUAAAAAAAUUACACAGUGCCUUGGUAUCAAAUAUGGUUGGAUAUGAUCUUGAUCAGUGCAGUAAAUGGAGAAUUGAAUCAAGUCUAAAUAAAUGUUCCCCACUUUGGGUACUUCUGUCUGUACUUGACUUAUGGUACUUGUCUUAUUUUUUAUGUUUUAUUGUAAAUAGUAAUUUGUUCUUAAUUGACCUGCCUUAAAUAAAAAUAAAUAAAUAAAUGACUAUGUUGACCAUGCAGCUUUGUCUGCAUCACUGUCACACUGUUCACUAUGCAGUGUUUGUGUUGGUUCACUCCCAUUCCACUGCCACUGUUUGUACUAAGAUGGCAGUUAAGGCUCAGGCAGUUGUGACAUGGCAUAUAGAAUGCAUGACUGCCACUGAUUACAGAUGGGGUGGCACCGCCCUGUCUGUUUACUCUCUAAAACAGCCCAAGGCACUGGAAAAACAGAUUAACCGGACUCUUUUUUAUUUUCUUCUGUUUCCUUUGAUCGUCUCUCACGGCUGUGUCAUCUCUCUCUCUCUCUUCUCUCUCUCUCUCUCUCUCUCGAUAUGUGUCUCUGACUGUGUCAUACUAUCUGUUUUUCUGACACAUACAACUUUGGAGUUUCUGUUCUUUCCCCAAUCCUUUUUUUGCGUAAUUAGAGGAAACAAGAAGUACAAGUAUAUUAUAUCUGACAGGCACUGAACCAACACUGAAGAUGAACUCUGGAAUCAGACUCUUUGUCUACCGAUUAUGUUUGGUAAUCGUGUUUUGGGUAUGUUUCUUUGCAUACAGCAUGUGAUGUGUCUAUGUACUGUGUGUAUGUACUUUGUGUUGAAUUCCCCUCUUUGUUUGAUUCCAGCCAGGUGUGUAACUCAGAAUCCGUGAUCUCCCUGACCUGCUCCGGUAAGCCCUUCCCCUGCCUCUGCUACCCCACCUCACACUCUGUCACCUCCCUGUCCCCCUUUAAUGGACUCCCCCACUCCUUCCCCCCGACUGCUCAUUGGGAAAAGACUUGAGUGAUAUUCAUCAUCCAAGUUCUCUAGGAGUUGAGUUAUACAAGAGAUAUAGACAGAGAGACUGAGACUGGAGAAUGCAGGCAAACUGGAUCCAGGCAACAAGCCACUUUGUAAUGGGUCAGUACUGGCUUGAGUGUGUUACUUAACUGACAGGUAGCAACGCUAACUGCCAAAGGGCUCAUUUGAGUUCGCUCCCACUGCUAAUUCUACAUUUACUCGUCAAACUACCUUAGUGUACAAGGCAACUCCUGAGAUGCUACUUUAGUACUUUACAAAACUCUUCAGUGAAACUAAACUGUCUUUCCCCUGUGUGUGAAUCAGACUGUGGAGAGCAGGGGCAAUCGGACCGUAUCGUGGGGGGGGUGGAAGCGUCUAUAGAACAGUGGCCAUGGCAGGUGAGCCUGCAACACAACGGACAACACACCUGUGGAGGGUCACUGGUGUCACCACGCUGGGUCGUCACAGCAGCACACUGCUUCUCUGGGUCAGUACCACUGGACAUCCAAUACACAAUAUAUACACUGUAGAAUGUGUGAAUAUCUACUCUAGAUAUCUACAACUAGCUUAACCAGACAUAAACAAUCUAACUCUGACCAUCCAACAUGGAAAAUCCCACAAAGUCUGCAAUCGUAUAAUAGGCUUAAGCAUCUGGAGAUAGAGACAGAGGCCUUGCAGCUAACCCCUGUACCUCUUCCCUCUCCUGGUCCUACAGUAGUAAGGAGCUGAGUCGCUGGCGGGUUGUGUCUGGGAGGACCUACAUGGGCAUCCUGGGAGGCUCGUAUGUAGACAAGAUCAUACUGAACGGAGAUUACAACGCAGCCCUCAAUGACUACGACAUGGCCAUGAUGAGGCUGACCAUACCCAUCACUGUAGGAAGUAUGUCACUUCCCCGACAUGACAUUUUAGCGACACACAGACUGUGGUACUGAAUUUGCUGGACAAUUCCAGGUUUCUCAAAGGCUAGACAUAACAAAAGCCCCGCAUCCACCUAUUCUGGUUUUGAAUGACUUACCAUGUAGAACAUUUCUCAGCACUCUAAAAAAUGAAUACUACGCACUACAUAAUGAUAUGGAAAUAUGUACUUGUAAAAGCAGUUCAAUUCUAGGAAGAGUGAAUGCAUUCAUGGUAGAUUCUAACCUCUAGUGGCCAAUUGAUCAAACUGUCAAUUUCAAUGAGUCUUGCAACUUGGGAAAUCCCUCUAGGGAAAUACUGUAUAUUUAGAUUGUAAUGAGAGUAGGCUGUAAUGUAUUUAUGAGGAAGUACAUGUCAAUAAAGUUCUGUUUCCUCCACCAGACUUUCGUCGGCCCGUGUGUUUGCCCCCUUUGAACCUGGGCCUGAAGGCAGGAGACCAAAUGACGGUGACAGGCUGGGGCCACCUCCAUGAGAAGGGUGAGCAUACAGCAAACAAAACUACCCCUUCCCUUUCUCUCACCCUCUUCAUCUCUAUCCAACAAGCACAUAUACUCAAAUCAUUCUCACAUAAUGUUAAUAGUUACUUUCUCCUCUUCUCCUUCUCACCCCUCUGUCACCUUUUCUCUCUCCUCAGGUAAAGCGUCUCCUGUCCUCCAGAAGGCUAUCAUUCCCCUUAUAGACAGUGAUCAGUGCUCCAGUCCCGCUGUCUACGGUGACUCAAUUACUCCCAGAAUGCUUUGCGCUGGUUACCUGGAGGGCAAAGUGGAUGCAUGUCAGGUAUAAAGUGGAAUGUUUGCUUUGAGAAAAACAGAAGAGAAACUAAGAAAGUGUUUGGCAUGAAUACAUUCAAUGCCUUGUCCUGUAAGAAAACAAAUGGAAAGACUUUAUAACACUAUUGAAUAUUGAAAAUCCACCCUCAACUUCGGCCUUUGGCAUACGUGUAUAGUGCGUAAUUCUAGUGUACUUAAUGCCAUUGUUGGGUCAUGUGUUGUAGGGAGACAGUGGUGGUCCUCUGGUGUACCUGUCAGGACAAUGGCAGUUGGUGGGGGUGGUGAGUUGGGGGAUCGGCUGUGCCAGAGAGGGUCAACCAGGGGUCUACUGUAAUGUGGAUGAAAUGCUCAACUGGAUCCACACUGUCAUGGAGGUAUGUAUGCUUACACAGGAGCUAGGAGCUAGUGUAUUUGAAUAGUGUUUAUUUUUACUUUGUACUAUGUAGUCUAGAUGUUGUAUGCUGCUGCCCUGAAAACAAAGACUAAUAUUAGUGUAUUGUACACUACAGUUGAAGUCGGAAGUUUACAUACACUUAGGUUGGAGUCAUUAAAACUCAUUUCUCAACCACUCCACAAAUGUCUUGUUAACAAACUAUAGUUUUGGCAUGUCGGUUAGGACAUCUACUUUGUGCAUGACUGUCACGGAUUCUGCCGAGGCUGCCCCUCCUCCUUGCUCGGGCAGGUUUCAGCGUUCGUCGUCACCGGAGUACUAGCUGCUGCCGAUCUAUGUUAUAUGUUUCUAUCUAUCUUGUUAUUACUCCGCCCCUAUUUAACCCUGUGGCUCCCAUUGUGUUCUGUGCAUGUUUGUUGUUUGUUCGCCGAUGUCGUGAGUGAGCGGGUUUAUUCCUCACUGCGUGGAGGCCUCUUGUUACUUUACGUGGUUAAGUAAAGAUACGUUUUUUCAUUGAGUUCGGUGUCCUGCACCUGACUUCAGUCUACCGCAUACACUGACAUCGUGACAAUGACACAAGUUAAAUUUCCAACAAUUGUUUAUCGACAGAUUAUUUCACUUCUAAUUCACUGUAUCACAAUUCCAGUGGGUCAGAAGUUUACAUACACUAAGUUGAGUGUGCCUUUAAACAGCUUGGAAAAUUCCAGAAAAUGAUGUCAUGGCUUUAGAAGCUUCUGAUAGGCUAAUUUACAUCAUUUGAGUCAGUUGGAGGUGUACCUGUGGAUGUAUUUCAAGGCCUACCUUCAAACUCAGUGCCUCUUUGCUUGACAUCAUGGGAAAAUUAAAAGAAAUCAGCCAAGUCUGGUUCAUCCUUGGGAGCAAUUUCCAAACGCCUGAAGUUACCACGUUCAUAUGUACAAACAAUAGUACGCAAGUAUAAACACCAUGGGACCACGCAGCCGUCAUACCGCUCAGGAAGGAGACACGUUCUGUCUCCUAGAGAUGAACGUACUUUGGUGCGAAAAGUGCAAAUCAAUCCCAGAAUAACAGCAAAGGACCUUGUAAAGAUCCUGGAGGAAACAGGUACAAAAGUAUCUAUAUCCACAGUAAAACGAGUCCUAUAUUGACAUAACCUGAAAGGCCGCUCAGCAAGGAAGAAGCCACUGCUCCAAAACCGCCAUAAAAAAGACAGACUACGGUUUGCAGCUGCACAUGGGGACAAAGAUCGUACUUUUUGGAGAAAUGUCCUCUGGUCUGAUUAAACAAAAAUAGAACUGUUUGGCAAUAAUGACCAUCGUUAUGUUUGGAGGAACACAUCCCAACCGUGAAGCACGGGGGUGGCAGCAUCAUUCUGUGGGGGUGCUUUGCUGCAGGAGGGACUGGUGCACUUCACAAAAUAGAUGGCAUCAUGAGGAAGGAAAAUUAUGUGGAUAUAUUGAAGCAACAUCUCAAGACAUCAGUCAGGAAGUUAAAGCUUGGUCGCAAAUGGGUGUUCCAAAUGGACAAUGACCCCGAGCAUACUUCCAAAGCUGUGGCAAAAUGGCUUAAGGACAACAAAGUCAAGGUAUUGGAGUGGCCAUCACAAAGCCCUGACCUCAAUCCUAUAGAAAAUGUGUGGGCAGAACUGAAAAAGCAUGUGCGAGCAAGGAGGCCUACAAACCUGACUCAGUUACACCAGCUCUGUCAGGAGGAAUGGGCCAAUAUUCACCCAACUUAGUGGGAAGCUUGUGGAAGGCUACCCGAGACAUUUGACCCAAGUUAAACAAUUUAAAGGGAAUGCUACCAAAUACUAAUUGAGUGUAUGUAAACUUCUGACCCACUGGGAAUGUGAUGAAAUAAAUUAUUCUUGACAUUUCACAUUCUUAAAAUAAAGUGGUGAUCCUAACUGACCUAAGACAGGGAAUUUUUAGUAGGAUUAAAUGUCGGGAAUUGUGAAAAACUGAGUUUAAAUGUAUUUGGCUAAGGUGUAUGUAAACUUCUGACUUCAACUGUAUGUCAUGGUCUGACUAUGUGUAUUUUAUUGUUCUAGAAAAACCCUUGAAGCCUCAAACCGUGACCAAAAGCCAAUACUCUAUUGGGUUGGGCUAUCAGAAUGGAUUUAAGCGGAUCUACAUGGAGCUCUGUUAGGGGAAUGUAAGAGGAAUCCUCUUCAAAGUGCAAUUCAAAACACCUACAACAAUACAUACCUCAAACAAACACACGCACAUGCCCGCACACUCAGAUAGGCACAAAAGUGCAUAGACGCAAACAUGCGGACACACACAACACUCCUUAUUUACUAUAACAGGUUAUUUACAGUGUGGCUUGUGCCAUUUUAUGUAUCUCUGUGACCACUUACGUGGUAGUGUAACACUGUCGCUGGAGACGACAGUUGGUAUUGGGAUGCGUCCCAAAUGGCACCCUAUUGCCUUUAUAGUGCACUACUUUUGACCAGAACCCAAUGGGUAAAAGUAGUGCACUAUCAAGGGAAUGGGGGGCCGUUUGGGAUGAAGCGUGGGUUUUUCACAUGGCUGAGCACUUUGAGACAGGACUCUCACCAAGUGCCUCUGCUGUCUUUUUGUCAAUGAGGUUGCGAGAAAACAUCCAUACAUGCUGUACUUGACCACGUUUAUAUAUGUAAAGUCGUAAUGUGACCACAUCUUUAUGUGAGUAUUGAAAUGCAUUGCACAAUGUUCAACAUGUUCAUCCAACUUUCCAUGGGUGAAAUGUCUUAAUGAAAAUAUGUAGAUAAAGUAUAUGUGCCAUGCAGUUGAAAUUCGCAUUUUACCUAAUGUUAAAUGAUCCUCAAGUAUGGUGCUGUGACGUCAACCUUUCUUCAUAUUAUAUGUCAAGGGCGGGCCAUUAGUCCCCUCGACUUACCAUACUGUACAUGCCAUCAUGGAUUCACUUUUGCACUUUCAGGUGGUCAGACCUAUUCACUGUGUGCCGACAGAUUUCCAGUGUGUAAUCGGAAUAAUCCUUACUUGCGCCAACAUGCACAUGUACAAGGUUCUGAUUAAUGACGUGUUUUUUAGAAAUUGUGAACAUUUAGUGUUUCUUUGUAUAUCUGUAAAUAUUGUAUACUACGUAGAAAUGGUUGUCUGUGUAAGAUAAAAAUGUGCCUGUAUUGUUGGUAUGUUUGAUAAAGGGAUGCCUAUGUUCAAUAAAUGAUCAGAUUUGGGUUGGGAUGAACUUUGAGUAUUGUGAUAUCUCAGCAGGGUCUGAUUGCACUGCCUAAACCCUGUAUCAAUGACGUGUAAGCCUGUGUCAUCCAGUGGGCUAUAUAGGGAAGUUACAAGACAGUAGUAACAAUAAAGUUAAUCCAUAGCCUCAGCAACAAACAGACACAUCCACAACAAUAACUCCUUUUAUGCAAACCUUUAUUUCCUGUUUAUUUCCAGAGAAAAACUAUUGAGUUGCAUAGUUAUGAGAGGUGAGAAUGUUGGACAUUAUUACAGAAACAGACGAAUAGGAGGGGGAGUUGCACAUUCACUUUAUACAGUGGGGAAAAAAAGUAUUUAGUCAGCCACCAAUUGUGCAAGUUCUCCCACUUAAAAAGAUGAGAGAGGCCUGUAAUUUUCAUCAUAGGUACACGUCAACUAUGACAGACAAAAAUAGAUUUUUUUUCUCCAGAAAAUCACAUUGUAGUAUUUUUAAUGAAUUUAUUUGCAAAUUAUGGUGGAAAAUAAGUAUUUGGUCAAUAACAAAAGUUUCUCAAUACUUUGUUAUAUACCCUUUGUUGGCAAUGACACAGGUCAAACGUUUUCUGUAAGUCUUCACAAGGUUUUCACACACUGUUGCUGGUAUUUUGGCCCAUUCCUCCAUGCAGAUCUCCUCUAGAGCAGUGAUGUUUUUGGGCUGUCGCUGGGCAACACGGACUUUCAACUCCCUCCAAAGAUUUUCUAUGGGGUUGAGAUCUGGAGACUGGCUAGGCCACUCCAGGACCUUGAAAUGCUUCUUACGAAGCCACUCCUUCGUUGCCCGGGCGGUGUGUUUGGGAUCAUUGUCAUGCUGAAAGACCCAGCCACGUUUCAUCUUCAAUGCCCUUGCUGAUGGAAGGAGGUUUUCACUCAAAAUCUCAUGAUACAUGGCCCCAUUCAUUCUUUCCUUUACACGGAUCAGUCGUCCUGGUCCCUUUGCAGAAAAACAGCCCCAAAGCAUGAUGUUUCCACCCCCAUGCUUCACAGUAGGUAUGGUGUUCUUUGGAUGCAACUCAGCAUUCUUUGUCCUCCAAACACGACGAGUUGAGUUUUUACCAAAAAGUUAUAUUUUGGUUUCAUCUGACCAUAUGACAUUCUCCCAAUCCUCUUCUGGAUCAUCCAAAUGCACUCUAGCAAACUUCAGACGGGCCUGGACAUGUACUGGCUUAAGCAGGGGGACACGUCUGGCACUGCAGGAUUUGAGUCCCUGGCGGCGUAGUGUGUUACUGAUGGUAGGCUUUGUUACUUUGGUCCCAGCUCUCUGCAGGUCAUUCACUAGGUCCCCCCGUGUGGUUCUGGGAUUUUUGCUCACCGUUCUUGUGAUCAUUUUGACCCCACGGGGUGAGAUCUUGCGUGGAGCCCCAGAUCGAGGGAGAUUAUCAGUGGUCUUGUAUGUCUUCCAUUUCCUAAUAAUUGCUCCCACAGUUGAUUUCUUAAAACCAAGCUGCUUACCUAUUGCAGAUUCAGUCUUCCCAGCCUGGUGCAGGUCUACAAUUUUGUUUCUGGUGUCCUUUGACAGCUCUUUGGUCUUGGUCAUAGUGGAGUUUGGACUGUGACUGUUUGAGGUUGUGGACAGGUGUCUUUUAUACUGAUAACAAGUUCAAACAGGUGCCAUUAAUACAGGUAACGAGUGGAGGACAGAGGAGCCUCUUAAAGAAGUUCAGGUCUGUGAGAGCCAGAAAUCUUGCUUGUUUGUAGGUGACCAAAUACUUAUUUUCCACCAUAAUUUGCAAAUAAUUCAUUAAAAAUCCUACAAUGUGAUUUUCUGGAUUUUUUUUCCUCAAUUUGUCUGUCAUAGUUGACGUGUACCUAUGAUGAAAAUGUUGGCCUCUAUUAUCUUUUUAAGUGGGAGAACUUGCACAAUUGGUGGCUGACUAAAUGCUUUUUUUCCCCACUGUAGUUCUUAAACGAAGCAUCGUGUUAGAGACUGAGGGGGUUGAGUUGGGUCAGUCAGUGACUGCCUCACAGUAAGUGGGUGUGUAUGUUUUGGUGGGUGAGAGGGCGAGCUGUUUUCCUCUGCACGAGCCACAUUAGCCCCCAUGCUCAGCUUGGGCUUAACAGUGGUCGUUACAAUUUAGCAAGGCAUUAUGGAAGUACAGCAUACUUUAACCCCAAUAACAAAUAGCAAAUGUACUGUACUUAGUCAUCAGUUAGGAUGAUACUGCCACUUGAGCCAUUCAAGCCUGGCCAGCUAGUGACUACUAACCACAGACAGUAACCCUGUGGGUGAGGCCAGUGAGGGAGUGAAAACAGCCCCUCAGAACCCUGGACAGCUCCUUGGAGUAGAGGAUGAUGGGCAAAAACUGUGUACACCUGUAUGUGUGUGUUGUGAUCCUAACAGGUUAUAACCUUGAUACCUAUGAGCUCAGAGUAAAAGUCCUAUCUAUUUGAUAGUAAACUGUGAUGUGUGUAGCAAGAGUUGGCUACAAGUGCAAAUGCACAGCCAUUGUAAUAAGGAUUAAAAUAUAUACUUUUCUUUUGCUUGUUUGUUUCAUUUGGCCUUGGUGGGCUAAAACAGCUCACAGCCGAGCCUUUAGAAAAUGAGUUUUAAAAUGCAGUUUGGCCAGAGGACCUGUACUGUACUGUAUAGUAUACUGCAGGUUGGAGCAGGGGGUGUUCCCUGCACUGGAAUGUGGGAAGCAGAGAGCAGACUUCACAAACUCUUGGCUUGGCAGUGUGAGUAGGAGUCGCUCUGGCAGUGGGCCGCAGGAAACCCAUAUUAGUAUCAAAUCAGAUGAUUAUUACAUCUGUUAUAUAAGAAGCAGACAAUGUUAGUACUGAGUGGAUAUAUUUCUAUCCCUGUCCCUUGACUGUCAUUGCAGAUCUUUAUAUUGAAUACAUAUACCUUGUGGCAAUAUAAUCUACAAUGCAUUGUUAGCAAAUUGGAGUAUUCUUAUUUGAACUACAGAGAAUUUAUAGCAUGUAUUAGCGUUGAUUGGAUUUCCCAUUGUAUAUAAGUAUUUUGAUAACAUUGAACGUGAGAUAUAGCUCUGUAUCAUUUUCCAGGUUUUUGCUAUAAUACACUGCUCAAAAAAAUAAAGGGAACACUUAAACAACACAUCCUAUAUCUGAAUGAAUGAAAUAAUAUUAUUAAAUACUUUUUUAUUUACAUAGUUGAAUGUGCUGACAACAAAAUCACACAAAAAUUAUCAAUGGAAAUCAAAUGUAUCAACCCAUGGAGGUCUGGAUUUGGAGUCACCCUCAAAAUUUAAGUGGAAAACCACACUAUAGGCUGAUCCAACUUUGAUGUAAUGUCCUUAAAACAAGUCAAAAUGAGGCUCAGUAGUGUGUGUGGCCUCCACGUGCCUGUAUGACCUCCCUACAACGCCUGGGCAUGCUCCUGAUGAGGUGGCCAACUCCUGGACAGUCUGUGGUGCAACGUGGCGUUGGUGGAUGGAGCGAGACAUGAUGUCCCAGAUGUGCUCAAUUGGAUUCAGGUCUGGGGAACGGGCGGUCCAUAGCAUCAAUGCCUUCCUCUUGCAGGAACUGCUGACACACUCCAGCCACAUGAGGUCUAGCAUUGUCUUGCAUUAGGAGGAACCCAGGGCCAACCGCACCAGCAUAUGGUCUCACAAGGGGUCUGAGGAUCUCAUCUCGGUACCUAAUGGCAGUCAGGCUAACUCUGGCGAGGACAUGGAGGGCUGUGCGGCCCCCAAAGAAAUGCCACCCCACACCAUUACUGACCCACCGCCAAACCGUUCAUGCUGGAGGAUGUUGCAGGCAGCAGAACGUUCUCCACGGCGUCUCCAGACUCUGUCACGUCUGUCACGUGCUCAGUGUGAACCUGCUUUCAUCUGUGAAGAGCACAGGGCGCAAGUGGUGAAUUUGCCAAUCUUGGUGUUCUCUGGCAAAUGCCAAAUGUCCUGCACGGUGUUGGGCUGUAAGCACAACCCCCACCUGUGGACGUCGGGCCCUCAUUCCACCCUCAUGGAGUCUGUUUCUGACCGUUUGAGCAGACACAUGCACAUUUGUGGCCUGCUGGAGGUCAUUUUGCAGGGCUCUGGCAGUGCUCCUCCUGCUCCUCCACAAAGGCGGAGGUAGCGGUCCUGCUGCUGGGUUGUUGCCCUCCUACGGCCUCCUCCACGUCUCCUGAUGUACUGGCCUGUCUCCUGGUAGCGCCUCCAUGCUCUGGACACUACGCUGACAGACACAGCAAACCUUCUUGCCACAGCUCGCAUUGAUGUGCCAUCCUGGAUGAGCUGCACUACCUGAGCCACUUGUGUGGGUUGUAGACUCUGUCUCAUGCUACCACUAGAGUGAAAGCACCGCCAGCAUUCAAAAGUGACUAAAACAUCAGCCAGGAAGCAUAGGAACUGAGAAGUGGUCUGUGGUCACCACCUGCAGAACCACUUCUUUAUUGGGGGUGUCUUGCUAAUUGCCUAUAAUUUCCACCUGUUGUCUAUUCCAUUUGCACAACAUUAUGUGAAAUUUAUUGUCAAUCAGUGUUGCUUCCUAAGUGGACAGUUUGAUUUCACAGAAGUGUGAUUGACUUGGAGUUACAUUGUGUUGUUUAAGUGUUCCCUUUAUUUUUUUGAGCAGUGUAGUAAAACAGUGAAUCAUCAUUGGAUGCUUCCUGUAUUACUGUGUACUGUCACAACGUGUACAAGGUAUCAAUACCGAUGGACACAUGACAUAAUUUGUUUCAUUUCGUGGUUGUGCAAGUGUGAUAAGAGUGUAUCAAAGGGUGCUUAAUAAUACUGUGCUGUAAUAAUACUCAUAAUACUACCAGCCAUGCUGUUAGUCUGUGUUGCCUGAGACGUUGGUUCACAGGGUGAGUUGUGUGGAUCUGCCUCGGUGAUGCAGGCUUGAGCUGAUUGCAGCUUUUAGUCUAUCAUAACACGUGGUCCACAAUGCAUUACUUUGGCUAUGCGACUGUCUCUAGAGCACCACUACACUGGGCAUGCUCACUGCUGCACCCCGCAGCUCAGACAUUCACAAUCAGGCUCAGAGCUAG